AUGCCCGACAGAUUUGGCAUGCCAUUCAGGACAGAACAAUCAGCCCCAAGAUUCACUGGCGAUGUUUACGGAGUUUUCGCAUUUUUGCAAUCUGUAGACCAACUCGGACAAAAGUGCAAUUUAUCGGACACUGAGCUCAUCAAGUAUACUCUCAGGUAUAUCCAAUGCGACCACAAAGAACUAUGGGCAGGAUGCCCUGAGGCCCGAGGUACAUCUUGGUUAGAUUUUACUAACGAAAUUCUGUCGUCCUACCCAGAAGGAGGCAUACACGAGUAUACCCGACCCGAUCCGCAGCCCGAAAUACCCGAACCCGAGGAAUUUGAUGGUUAUGAAUGGUGGACACUUCCCCUAAGUGACGAAUACACACCCGCACAAGAACGCCUAACUUCAGAAAUAGAAAUCUCCGCACCCGAAGACCCUAUCGCAACAUCCGACGCCCCAGAGGGAGUCCGAAGUCCUGAAAUUUCGGACUUGACCUUCGGACAAGUUCAGUUACCAUUGGAACAAUUGGAUGUAUUCGUAGAAGUCAUUGAUGCAGACGUACUAACAUCAGAAGUCUUAGAUUCAGAGCUAACGUCGCUAGAAGACAACGUACCCGAGAUACCCGAAACAUCGGCCGACGAAUUCCCCGAAAUAUGGGAUAUUUGUACCAGGAGUUUAGAUCACGAACUCGUUUUACCUUCUCCAGAUCGCACUGAUUAUUUUGUUCACGCAGUAGCCGUCGCUUUAUUUCUCACCGGUUAUGUCACUUGGUCUAGUUUCCCUGCAGAGUUUCGCCCUACUGUCACCCGUCGCAUCGGAUCCGAAUUAUCCGACUCCAUCAUCCGGUCUACCGACGCUUUCAAUACCCUCGUCCAUCGCACUCCCAGAUCGCGUUUUACCAGUAUGAAAGCCAACGACGUCUUUACCUUAGGAAAAAGCUAUAGUUCGAAACCCCGAAAUUUCGGGUAA